CAGAUAUUUGAUAGUGUUUGGUGAGCUUUUACAUCAGAAUCGGCAUGAGCUGACAGGGUCCCAUAUUUUUAUUUAAGCUUAAACACGCUACCCAAGAUUUCCAGCAUACAUAAAGCGGUGCAAGAGUCAUGAGAAGAAUCCCCACCUCUGCACUGUGAACAGCAGUGCGCCGUGAUGAACUCCACUGACGACGUGCUCCAGCUCGGACGGGUGCUUUGGGGCCUAAACGUAAGUAAUUGUUUGUUCGGUUCCAGCUACUUAUAAUCUCUCAAGUACGCCAAUGGUCCGCGAUUUAUUUCAAGUUGUGUUGGCUGUGACUGAUGAUCUCGUUCAUGACAUCGUUUCAGUUGCUGUAACUUCGUUCUGGGCAUAUGACUAUUUCCUGACCUUGGCCGACGAGGUUGUAUUUUUGACGCAGUCACAAUGGAAAUGGGCGAAGCUGCUUUACAUUGUCUGCCGAUAUCUUACCUGCGGUUACUUAUCAUUGGAGAUGCUUGUGGCAUUGCAACCCACGAUGUCGAUCCGGACAUGUCAGACGAUGUACUACGUAAACACAUAUCUAGGAAGUGUAAUUAUGGUGUGCGCCGAAGGUGUCUUCAUGACCCGCGCUUGCGCAAUGUGGGAAUUUAGGAGAUGCAUAACAGCUAUACUCCUGAUCAGCGGGCUGAUCUACAUUGUUACUGGCCAUGUGGUGCUCUCACUCAACCGGUCCGCGCCUAUUGUCACCAAGUCCCCCAUCCCUGUCACGAGCUGUUUUGACACUGGCGAUGGCAGCACUAUCAUAGUCGUCUACGCUAUUCUUGCUGUGGCGGAGAUACAAAUAUGGAUGUUCACAUUAUACAAGGCUAUCACAAGCUACUGGCGAGAGGGAACACAUAAUCGCCUGUUGGGACAACUGAUCCUACAGAAUCUGAUUUACAUGACCUGCGGACUCCUAUUCUCUAUCACCGUCAUAUUAACGACAGCGCUUGUCAAGGCAUAUUACGGUUUCAUGAUUGUGAAAUUUGUACGCAUCUGGCAAGUAACUAUUCAUGCCUUUCUUGUGACAAGGAUGUCUCGUGAACUCUGGAGAGUAGACCAGCAGCGUGCUUUAUUAGAACCCUUAAAUACUGUUUCACCUGAAACGUUAACUCAGAGGAAGGAAAUGGCUCGUCCACCACCAGUUACGACGUUGGAGGGAUACUGUGGUAUCCAUUAA